AUGCACGAGCUACUCCUCUCGUCUGUCAUCAAAGAACAUGAAGUUCCGAAGAUUCUGGCUCUACUUGGCGGCUUUACCGAGAUGCAUGAGCGACAUCAAUUCACGCGUGUUCAACACUUUGAGCCCAGCCCAGCAGUGAAAGGCAUCUCGACUAUCAAAGAACUCCAGAAAGAGCGACACGCAAAUGCUUCACACUGGAACGAACUGCAUCAGAUCCUAACCAAGCAACCCUGCACCAUCCAAGUGCGCACACGCCUCACUGACAGUGAAGUCGAGGGUGCCAAGAAGGGACCUCGUCUUCUCCGGUGGACGGAGCUUCCCGAUCCUCCCAGCCAACGAUUACCUCCUUACAUGACGCAGCGAAGAACAGUUGAAAUCAUUGAUCUCGGAUUGGAAAAAAUACUGGCCGACAACAAGCGAGUGUCCAACAUUUUUGAAGAAUCAUACCAUUGGUGGCAGAGAGAUUACUUUACUGAGUUUGCCCUGAUCCGGACCUGGAUCGCUGAGGACUCCUUGCCUUCUGACAAAGUCAUGAAUCUCUCGGCUCGAGAGCCCUACGCCUCGUACUGGAUGCUCAAUGUGCGGACUCUGGUGGAAUCGUCACCCGAGAGGAUGCAACAGGCCCAGACACAGCUGGAGAAAGUUCGGGACCAGUUCAAAGAUGUGCUGGACUUCAAAAUAUUUGACCGCAGAGCUAUGGACACGAGAAUCCUUCCAGUGGUUGCUGUGUAG